GCCGGACAAAGGCUCUUAAUUUAGAAUUCUGACAUCCAUACCCCCUUGGUAACCACCCUUCUCAGUAACCUACGGGGGAAUCGGCAGGCUAACAAGGAUACUUGAACCCCCUCUUCCUCCUGGGAACAGACUAUAGCUCCCGCACUCUCUCCGCAUCUCACCGAUUUGACGAAAUCUCGACCCCAACGUUCACCCCUCGAGUGUAAUUUAUAAUGCGAUUCCGGGCAGAACUUUAACCUGAUUGGUGCGAUCGCAAAGCAUGGAAACGCCGACUGCAUUCUCUCCCUCUCCAUGGACCAACGGACCAGACUGCGGAAGGCCUGCGAUGCCUGCAGCAUUCGAAAGGUGAAGUGCGACACCAGCGGACCUCCGUGUCGAUCAUGCGCAAGCCUAGAAAUCCCGUGUACAUAUGAGCGACCCAGUCGGCGUCGCGGCCCUCCUAACCGCCAUGCAGAGGCAUUCAGGAAGCAGAAGCUGGCUUCCUCGCUUGCUGGUUCCCCCAGCCCUUCAGACCAAUAUCAAAUCUCCUCGGCUCUCCCGUCAUUGCCAUCGAGGGGUAUCCCCUCCUCCCCCGCCGCCCCUUCGUCGCUCUCGGUGGAAUCCAUCUGCCCACUCCCCACCAUCAAACUGUUAAUUGAUGACUAUUUCACCUAUAUCCACCCCCUGGUCCCGAUUCCCCAUGAACCCACCUUCCGCGCCGCGCUGGAUCGCCGCGAAGAUGCCACAGAUCGGAUUUUUCUGGCGCUCACAGCCUCCAUGAUCGGGACCCUAGUGACAUCAUUCCCCCGACGGCCCAAACAGCAUCUGAAGACCGAGGAGGAAAAGGCCGCAUUUCCACACUCAAUGGCCCUGGUCAAAAGGUGUCGUGAUAUCGCCGUCCAGGCACGAGGCACUGGUUAUCUCGAUCGGAGUGCGACGGUCUAUGAUGCGGCCGUGAGCUACUUCCUCGGGCUCUGCUCCGGCUAUGUUUACAGUAUGCGGCGGUGCCGCACGUAUUUCGUCGAAUGUAUCACAAUGAUCCAUGUAUACGACUUGUACCGCGCGUCGACGCGGCCGCCGCCCCUCAGUCCAAUCAGCCCGAACUCGAUGUCGUCGCAAUCGCAAGACCCAUCUGGCGCAUUGGAUGACGGCCGGACCAACGUGAUCGAGCAAGAGCUUGGACGGCGCCUCUUCUACGCGACCUUGGUCGGGUUCCGGACCUUGCAGCAAAUGGGAUCUGCGGAUGCAGUAUUCCACGUGCCUCCGGAGACCCCGACAGAACGGUAUCCGCCUCUUCCGCUCGAAGUGGACGACGAGUACAUCUUUUCGACGCACGUGGACCCUCAACCGGCCAAUAAGGUAUCGCAACUCGUGGGAUUCAACACAAACGUUCGCGUUCUCAGCUCGUACAAUUCUCUGUCUGCCUGGGAACUGGCAUUUGGCAGCGGUCAGAUCGUCGACUGGGAGCGCCAACGGUCCGUCUUCUGGGACUGUCUCCAGAUGGCGAGGGACGCUUCAGCCAACGUGCCUCGAGAGCUAUCGCUACAAGGGGGACGGGCGCCGGCAUCACCAUUUGGACAACCACAGGACGAUCGCGGGUUGACCGCAACGGGCGAAGACCAGGAAUCUUGGGAACGCCGACAUAUCCAGUACGAGAUCCAGAAAGCCAACAUCUACGCCAGCCAGCUAGGAACUCGAUCGUAUCUGGUCGAGAAGUAUUGGGGACUCUACGGCGUAUGGCAGCGGUGCCGCCAGCACUCGGAAGAGAAGUCCUCGCUGGGAUGCAAAACCGAAUCGAGCGACUCCCACGGCCAAUCCGAUCCCAUCGGGAGUAUAAUGGCCGAAGAGCGCCGUCUCGUCAUCCGCGACUUGUGUGUCCUCUUGCAGGCCGUGAACCCAGUGAACAUGGAGCCCAACGGCGCAAGUUUCACCUGCAAAGUCCGCCAAGUCGCCUCCACCCUCCUCAACCUCCCUCAUUCCUCAGGCUCAACCAACCCAGCAACAACCCCAUCCACACCCGGUCCCCACCCGCUAACCGCCGCAGAGGCCGAGUCCUACCUCCACGCCUUCAUCGACACCCUCGUUCGACUGGAAGGCCUCGCGGCGCCUACUCCGAGCAUGGAGCCAGCCGACGCAACGCCCCCGGUUAACGGGCGAUCAAUGAGCUACCUGAGCGAUCAGGAUCGCGACCAGGAGGAACUGCGUCAGUGGGCGAGCCUCAGGACAUACCAGACGAAGUUUGCGGAGGCGGGAGGAGUCUUGUCGGAGCUUUGAUUGACUAGUUGGUUUUUAUACUUUGCAUUAUACCUUGACGAUGAGCGACUUGUUUCUUUCAACUUGAUAUAUAGCGCUGGGUGGCUUUGAGGGGGGGUUUUUCUAAAGAUCUUUCUUUUCAUUUUACACUUUUUUUUUUCUUCUUGGUUCACUUGUUUUGACAGGAGCUCAAGCACGUUGCACACCGGUG